CUCCCUCUCGAACAUACUAUCAUCUCAAGAACACUAUCACCAUUCUCUACCAGUCAUGGACUUGCUUAGUUUCUCAUUUCUCUUCUCUCUCUUGUUUGCAAACACCAUUGCUUUUGAUCCAUGUGAUUCUUCUACUUCCAAAUUAGACGGCUCUGAUCUCUCCGUCAUUCACGUCUACGGUAAAUGCUCGCCCUUCUCCGCACCCAAGCCUGCCUCCUCAUGGGUCAACACAGUCCUAAACAUGGCCUCCAAGGACCCAGAGAGGGUCAGCUACUUGUCAAGCCUUGUGGCCCAAAAGCCCACAAAGGUCCCAAUUGCCUCGGGCCAACAGGUCCUAAACGUAGGGAACUACAUAGUCCGGGUCAAAAUUGGGACACCGGGUCAGCUCAUGUUCAUGGUGUUGGACACCAGCAAUGACAAUGCGUGGGUCCCGUGUAGCGGGUGCACCGGGUGCUCUUCCACCGUGUUUACACCCAAUACUUCCUCGACUUACGGGGAAAUGGAGUGCUCUGUACCCGAGUGCACCCAGGUCCGCGGACUCUCAUGUCCGGAAACCGGCACGAGUACGUGCUUCUUCAAUCAAUCUUAUGGUGGAGAUUCAUCUUUCUCGGCUACAUUAUCACGUGAUUCCCUUGGACUUGCCGCCGAUGUCAUCCCUAAUUAUGCUUUCGGAUGCAUUAACGCGGUGUCCGGUAAAGCAAUUCCGCCCCAAGGGUUAUUGGGUUUGGGCCGUGGACCCACAUCUUUGCUCUCACAAACUGGGUCACUCUACUCUGGCGUGUUCUCAUACUGUUUACCCAGUUUCAAAUCAUACUACUUUUCAGGGUCGUUAAAACUCGGUCCGCUGGGUCAACCCAAGAAUAUCAAAACCACUCCGCUCUUAAAGAACCCUCGCCGGCCGUCACUGUACUACGUUAACCUCACCGGAGUUAGCGUUGGGCGGGUCAAGGUCCCGAUAACCCCCGAACUCCUAGCAUUCGACCCGACCACGGGUUCCGGGACCAUCAUAGAUUCGGGUACGGUCAUGACCCGAUUCGUGCCGCCCGUUUACGAAGCGAUCCGGGAUGAGUUUAGAAAACAAGUGAAAGGCCCGUUCUCAUCAUUGGGUGCUUUUGAUACAUGCUUCACUGCAACAAAUGAAGAUGUAACUCCUGCAGUUACGUUCCGUUUCGAGGGGAUGGACUUGGUGUUGCCGUUGGAGAACAGUUUGAUCCAUAGCAGUUCCGGGUCGUUGGCGUGUUUGGCAAUGGGGGCUAUGCCGGUGAACUCGGUGUUGAAUGUGGUAGCCAAUCUGCAGCAGCAGAACCUCCGGGUUAUGUUUGAUGUACCAAACUCUCGCCUCGGGAUUGCCCGUGAACUUUGUAACUAGGUUUUUUUUUAUGCUGUGUCUCUCCUUGUGGUGUGUGUGUGGAAUAUUGAAAGGGUUGUUUUGUCUUCAUGCAACUAUUAAAUUAAUGUUAUAAGAGUCUGUUGAAUUUUGAUUA